AUGGGAUUGAAGCACACACGAUGUUUUUCAUCAACUUGUUCAAAAUUCAAUGCCGUUGUUGCUUCAUCGUUUUAUGAUUUAAAAGCAAAAGACAUUGAUGGAAAUUUGGUUGAUUUUUCAUUGUUUAAAAAAGAUUUGAAUAUUUUGGCAUUCCCUUCGACGGAGAAGGAGGUCACUCACGAGCAUACUCCUCCACAAUACAAUGUCGAUUCCAUUUUGCGUCAACCCAAAGAGGCUCAAGAGGAUAUUAAGCAAGUGAUUCAUGAUACGUUCAAGGUCAUGUCACCAAUUCAUUUGAACACUAUUAAUGAACAUGAAGUGUUUGCUUUCUUGAAAGAAAAAGCUGAGGAAUUGGAAAAGAAAAUUGCAAGACAUCCCGAACAAUUUGAAGGAGAGGAUGUUUCUGUCAUUCAAAUGUUUACCAAGUUUUUAGUGAAUAGAAAAGGUCAAGUGGUGGCAAGAUUUGGAAGAGAUGUUGAGCCAGAUCAAAUGAAUGUUUGGAUUGAACAAUUGCUUGCUGAAAAACCUUAA